AUGGUAAGGUGGCUUAAGGUAGAUAGAACCAAUAAUGAUCCAGAAAUAACGGUUUUUUUUUAAAGUUUUUUUUAGAUUGCGUUGUGGAGGUCGGUGGAUGUCCUUCAUUACUCCGAACAGACUGCGGAACAGAGAAUGUAGUAAUUGCAGGUACACAGUGUUUUUUAAGAGCUGACUGUGAUGAUGAGUUAGCUGGUGAAAAAUCACACCGUUAUGGUCCUUCUACUGGAAAUCAAAGAAUAGAGGCCUGGUGGGCCCAUCUUCGCCGUAGUCGUCUAACAUGGUGGAUCAACUUUUUUAAAGACCUUGUGGAUCGUGGGAUAUUUCUGACUGGUAAUGUGCUCCAUGGGGAGUGCAUAUGGUUUUGCUUUGCAGAAUUAAUCCAGCAUGAUCUAGACUUUGUGAAGUUUCACUGGAAUACACACUACAUUCGGCGUUCAAGGCAUGAAACAGUUCCUGGGAAACCAGAGGAACUCUAUUAUCUUCCAGAAAACUUUGGAGCUUCAAACCACUUACACCCAGUGUCCCCUGAAAAGCUAGAUGAAGCAAGGCUGAAAUGUAAAGCAACAGAUUUUAACAACGAUUUUCAGGAGUACUCUAUUAAUCAUGUUUUGUCCCUUCUUAAUGUUUCAAAGCCCUCUAACUGGAAGGAAGCUUUGAGCCUGUUUUCUUAUUUAAUAAGAGUUGCAGUGUAG